AUGAGAGAAGCAAAGCUGCCCCUGGACUCAAUCGAGUUGGCUCUGCGAAGUUUGCCAGGAAAACUGCGACUAGAGUCGGAACUUACCCUGGGACUUCCUGACGAAUGGUUAACUGGCGUGACUCCCGCUAUGAUCUCUUCCAAGGUCUCAGCCGGUGAGCUAUGGGUUGAACGGGCAAGCCCAUGCAGGCUACAUGUCGAUCCCGUCGUGACCUGUGGCCUGAGCAUGGUAGCAGACGAGUCUCCGCACGAGAGACGCCUUGUUAAUGCCAUCAGGGCAUGCUCCCAAGUGGAGGCCUGGGAACUUCUGGGCUUGCAGCUGAACCGCUGCCCCAGGCCCAUGGAUGAGAACGGGCAGCAUGUUCCCGGGUCUCUCUUCUACAUCACACAUCUGACAAACAGCUCGAAUCAUCUUGUAUGCCAACAGACCACGGCGCGCGCUGAAAUUCGGCGACUAACUUGUCGUCUUUGGUUUGAUUUUGUAACACAACCCGCAAAUAAACGCGCAACAGGGCAGCAAGAACCGGUACAAAAAGCCACAUCUGCCGAUUCGUCUCGCGUCACUCGCUCAGGAACAAAACGUUCGAUGCAACAAUCUUCUGUCAAUGUUCCCAGCCAACCUGAGCAGCUUUCGAGUGCUGAGUUCGACCAUAGCGUGAUGAUACUAGUCAGGGGCUCACUAUAUACACUCUUGGGUAUCAAGAAGCCUACUCCCCAAAUCAGGAGACUUCGCAGCUUUGAAUCUCCAUCACUGCUCGAGAUUGCCCCAGCCGCUUUCAACAUGCGGUAUCUCCAGGAAGUCGUACAACGUGCUCCAUUCUUACACUCAAUCAGCUCAGUCUUGGCCCGGCUCGCGAGCGAUGCCCAGUCAUCCUCAUUGAGACAGAAGGUUGCCUCGCUCGCCAUGGGAACUGCAGAAGCGUCUGACAUGCAGACCAGCCCAGUACAUUCUACACAAGAACGUCGUUUCACUGAUAAAUACGACUAUGUUGACGGAAUCGGGAAGAUGAUAUGGCCAGUCUUACAGGCUGGCCCUUCAAACACGAAGCUCUAUCUAGAGAAGCUACCCCAGGAUCGAGCCUCUGGUGCUAACGUGGAUCUACAGCUCAAUGGAGAUUUUAAUCCUGUCCACGAUCCCUCUCAGCAAUUCGAACCAGAAGGGCUGUCAUCAGGAGAGCAAGGCAAUGAUAAGGUGGAAGCUGACGACGCUAAACUGGGACUCCACUCAGAUUUACAUGAUAUGGAUGAUCGACCCAGCUGGGACUUGAGAUACCACCUUGACGGCCCUCUGCAUUUCCCAGAAUGUACCCAAGAGCAGGAAGGGCCACCAUCUCUUCAUAGCGAAGAUCAAAGAUUCGACAGUAGUUCGCGGGAACACAUGCAGAUAUAUCACCCACGCGUUCCUCAAUAUGGACAGUCCUGGCAGACUUUUCAGGAAGACGAUUCAUAUGGAGAUGACUAUGACAAUGAUCAGUAUCUUGAUGAAGAAUGGGAUACAGUCGACUAUUACGAUAUGGGUCACUACUCGUGGGUCCCCGGCAACGACAACGAAUUGGCUAGCUCAUAUAUUGGGUUUGGCUAUGACUUCGAGCUUGAGGCUGAAGACCGUCCGUAUUCUUCAUCAAGUCUCGCUCCUCGCACAGUUCUUGAACGUGAGGCACGCAUUCUUGAAGACUAUUUCGCGGAUGAGUCUCAGAGAACCGACAUCACGGCCAGUCAAUAUUCAAGGUCCGAGCAUAUUGACCAAUUUGAGGAAUACGAUCAAGUAUUUGUGGACGAAUUUGGGGAUGAGUAUGUGUACGAGGAAUCACACAUGUUGGUGUACGAUGGACAACAUACAGUGAACGAUGAUACUCUUUCCAGUCAUAUUACGCCGUGGGAUGAGAUGUGA